UUGAACCAUUUGAAACAUUCACUGUGUUGAUAAUGAGAUUUUUCAUUCACUUUUUAUGCUGUUCUUGACACCGCUAGUUUUCUGCAUUCAGGCGUGCUCAGGAAGAAGAGUCGGAAGUAAUGGGUCUAAAGUUCAAUGCUUUACUUAUUACACCUGUGCAAAGAAUACCAAGGUACAAGUUAUUACUUGAAGAUCUUCUAGAGAACACCCCACCUGAAGAUGAUGAUUAUAAAGCAUUAAAAGAUGCAGCGAUAAUGAUAGCUGGGGUUGCUGCACAUAUCAACGAACACAUAAAGGAGCAUGACAACUUCCAGAAGAUGCUGGCAAUACAGAACAAUUUGACAGGGAACACGGCUCCCAGGAUUGUUGCUCCUGGAAGAAGAUUCAUCAAAGAUGGCAUGUUAAAAAAGGUUUCAAGGACAGGUGGCUCAUCCCAUGAGCGUAUGUUCUUCCUGUUUUCAGACAUGUUGCUGUAUGCCAAACCUGUCAACUCCAAGUACGUGUGCUGCUGUGUGUUUCCCCUCCACCACUGCUAUGUGGAGAGAAUGCUGGGGGAUUUGUUUAAGGUGACAUGCAAGAAUGAGAGUGUGUUGUUGUUCUCGGAAGACAAGAAGACAGUGAGUUCCUGGAUAACAGCUCUAGAAGAGGCAAUAGGAGUAAACAAGGAGUGUAGGCAGACCCUGAGAAAGGAGAGCAGUGCCAAGCAACCAAUGAGGAGGACGGGGUUUCUGAGGAUGAAGAAACAGGAAAAGAGAAAAUUAUCAGAUGAUAAAAAGGAAAAUGGAAAAGGCAGUAAAAAAGGUUCAGGGGCUGCGGUUCCUGUGAAGGCACAACUCAAACAGCUCCUAGAACAGAACAUGUCUUGUAUAACUCCAAGGAGGAAGAGAAGGAAAUUGCUCAGCAGUACCAGUAGCAACGAUGGCUGUGAUGUCCCCAGUAGUCCAGAGAGUUGUGAAAACACAUCACCUAAUAUUGAUGCUUUUGAUAUGGAUGACUCUUAUCAAACAGACCUAAAGCAGCAGCCCCAAGAACUAUCUGUCAUCAAAGAACAACUGGAAGAAGAAAACAGCUAUGAUAAUGAAGACCAGGAAGAGGACUAUGACAAAGGAAAUAUUUUCAUGACUUCUGCUGAAAUGGAUGCUUUUGUGACUUCUGAGAUAGAUUUGUCAUCUGAGAGUGAACCUUGUUCCUCAGCAGAUACCUCUGAUCAGCAGCAGAUGAUAUCUAGUAGUGGCAGUGGACAGGAGAGCUCAACGGAAAUUUAUUACACGAGUCAUGGUGCUAAUCUCAGGAAUUCAUCAGUUCAUCCACCAGGUCUAAAGAGAAACAACUCAUCAUGUGUCAUUUCCUAGGUUACACAAGGGACCAGCUUAAUGUGACUGUUGCUCAGUGUUUUACAUAAAGAUACACUUUGAAUGAGAAAUUAUCAUUUUAAUGCAUAUAUCUGUUUCUGUUACUUUGUUUUAUGAACCAGAAAUUUUAUUUACACUAUAUAUUCUUUAUAACAUAACUUAUUAUUAAUUGCUAGUUGCAAGUUGACUGUGAUGUUAAGCAACUGCAUUUAAAUGGACAUUAAUUUACAAGGUUUUCUUUGUUAAAAAAAGGGUUUUACAGUAUUUGGGUUUACAUUACAAAUAAAAUCAAAUAAAGGCACAUAGCUUUUAAAUACUAACAAGCACAGCUUAUGUACCUGUCUUAAUAAAGAGCCUGUCUCACUGGGUUGUGUGUCAUGAAUAAUUACUAUUUUAUGUGAAUAAUUAUAUGCAUCUUUGAUUUAGAGGUAACCGAAUAAAAAACUUUAUAUUGCUA